CGCUUUUCCCCUGCGCCACCACAGCUGCAUGUAGUUACCCUUCACCUCUCCAUCUGCCUGCCCAUCACUUUCACUUUAGGAAAAGUUUAAAACAGCUCUGCUUCACCCACAGUGACAUCCACGCUACAAUUUAAGAGCUUGACAGACAAUUAGCUACAGGCUAACAUGUUUAGCAUGUUGAAAUCAAUCUGGAGCUGCUUUUUGAAAACCAACUGUUCAGGUGGGAGAACCUGUUCAUAGAAGAACUGAACGUCGUACUCUUCACAAAUCUGACAUGAUUGUGACCCAUCCAGAGUCCGUACUUCCGGCUCAAUGGCCGCUGGAUCCUGGGAGGAUACGCAGCAGCUGUUAUGCUACGCUAACAGCAGCUGGAAGCAACAUGUUGACAGCUGGAUUAUCCAACAACAAGGUGAAGUAUUCCCGACUGGCAGCUGAUGACGAUGGCUACAUCGACCUGCAGUUCAAGAAGAGUCCACCAAAGAUCCCGUACAAGGCGAUUGGCGUGGCAGUAAUCUUGUUCCUGAUUGGCUCCUUGCUGAUCCUUUUGGGAGCCCUUUUUCUGGCCGGGAUCAUCAACGUCGAGAAUCCCGACCGCACCAUCCCUGUCAUCGUCAUAGGCCUCCUGGUCUUCCUGCCCGGCUUUUACCACCUCAGGAUCGCCUACUACGCCGCCAAGGGUUACCGCGGUUACUCCUACGAUGACAUCCCGGACUUUGGCGACUGACCCGAGCGUCUGUUUGCUCUCUGAAUCGAAUGUAGCAGAACGAACGGAGCAGUGGAGGCCGACAUGUCGGAGCUUUGCUGAAACGUUGCAGAAAUGUAUAACUGUUUGCUCUUGUUUCUUCUUCGCUUUAUUGGCCUCCACGCCGAAGCACGACUGACCUCAGAGACUCAAGCUGCUUUAUUAGCAGCAGAGGAAGCAGGCCUGCAAAAGCUCGACACAGAAAUCCUAACGUAUUAUUUACCGUCGCUCCAAGGCAGCUGUAGCUCUAUACUCUCAUCCUUACCGGUUCUUCUGGGACAGAGUGUUUGCAUUAUAAAUCAAAAGUAGAUUUUUUUGUAUGGUGUGCAGGUAUAUUGUUUUAAAGUGUUUGUACUCUUGCUCUGUGUUUAGAAUGUUUCUCUUUAUUAUGCUGGAGUGGCAAUAAAGAAUGUUUUGACGUUGCUGCAAUGAAGCAGAAAAUAAAA